GCGGCGCCAUUUUGAAUGUGCGGCUGCUGUCCCUGUGUGUCUGAGAAGCAACGCUGCUUUUAGGCCACCUGGCCUACAGUGCUGGCUGUCCGUCCUUCGUUUCCAUAGGUACACGCAGAGACGCUGCCAUAUAAGUCUAGGCCUGUGCCUGGUACCAAGGCUAGUUCACGGAGAUGAUGUUGAGAGGAAAUCUCAAGCAAGUGCGCAUUGAGAAGAACCCGGCCCGCCUUCGCGCGCUUGAGUCCGCAGCGGGCGACAGCGAACCCUCGGCCAUGGCGCUGGCGCUGGCGGGAGAGCAGGCACCGCCCGCCCCCGCCGCCCCGGAGGACCGCCCGGAGGAGGAGAUGGGGUUCACCAUCGACAUCAAGAGCUUCCUCAAGCCGGGCGAGAAGACGUACACGCAGCGCUGCCGCCUGUUCGUGGGGAACCUGCCCACCGACAUCACUGAGGAGGACUUCAAGCGGCUUUUCGAGCGCUAUGGGGAGCCUAGCGAGGUUUUCAUCAACCGGGACCGCGGCUUCGGCUUCAUCCGCCUGGAAUCCAGAACCCUGGCUGAAAUUGCAAAAGCAGAACUGGAUGGUACCAUUUUGAAGAGCAGACCUCUGCGAAUUCGCUUUGCUACACAUGGAGCAGCUCUGACUGUCAAGAACCUUUCUCCAGUUGUUUCCAAUGAGCUUCUAGAGCAAGCAUUUUCCCAGUUUGGCCCCGUAGAGAAAGCUGUUGUGGUUCAUCUUUUAAACAUCCUGGGAGCAGGAGCACGAGCUGCUGGGCACUGUCCCUGUCCGCGCCGCCUGGCCGGUACCCAUGCUGUGGCUCCUCCUGCUCCUCCUCGGUUGGGCUCUGCAGAGAAAGAUGCAUUAAACCAAAAAGUCAUAUACAGAAGAGUGCAGAUCUGUUCACAAACUAGAGACAUAAAGAAUCCUGUUGAGGUCCUGGAGCUCAUGGCAGUGUCCUUCAUGAGUCCAGCUGAGGAACUGGAGCUCAUGGCAGUGCCCUCCAUAAGUCCAGCUGGAGGACAGGAGCCCAUGACAAUGUUUUAUGCAAGUCUACCAAGGAUCAGCACUGGGAAGGCCCAAAGGACUCCCCGUCCAGUCAUUGUGGAGCCUAUGGAGCAAUUUGAUGAUGAAGAUGGCUUGCCAGAGAAGCUAAUGCAGAAAACUCAGCAAUAUCAUAAGGAAAGAGAACAGCCACCACGUUUUGCUCAACCUGGAACAUUUGAAUUUGAGUAUGCAUCUCGAUGGAAGGCUCUUGAUGAAAUGGAAAAGCAGCAACGUGAACAGGUUGAUAGAAACAUCAGAGAAGCCAAAGAGAAACUCGAGGCAGAAAUGGAAGCAGCUAGGCAUGAACACCAGUUAAUGCUAAUGAGACAAGUAUUUCUUUAUGGCUCUCAUACUAUAUUAAUGACAUUUAAAAAAAACAUUUUCAGACAUGAAGAGGAACACCGUCGUCGUGAAGAAGAAAUGAUCAGACACAGAGAACAAGAGGAACUGAGGCGACAACAAGAAGGCUUUAAACCAAACUAUAUGGAAAAUAGAGAACAGGAAAUGAGAAUGGGUGAUAUGGGUCCCCGUGGAGCAAUAAACAUGGGAGAUGCGUUUAGCCCAGCACCUGCUGGUAACCAAGGUCCUCCUCCAAUGAUGGGUAUGAAUAUGAACAACAGAGGAACUAUACCUGGCCCACCAAUGGGUCCUGGUCCUGCCAUGGGACCAGAAGGAGCUGCAAAUAUGGGAACUCCAAUGAUGCCAGAUAAUGGAGCAGUGCACAAUGAUAGAUUUUCUCAAGGACCACCUUCCCAGAUGGGAUCUCCUAUGGGGAGUAGAGCAGGUUCUGAGACCCCUCAAGCACCAAUCACUGGUGUGGGUCCUGUGAGUGGUGCUCCUGGUGGCUUUGGUAGAGGCAGUCAAGGGGGCAACUUUGAAGGUCCUAAUAAGCGUCGUAGAUACUAAACCCAUUUGUUCCUGGCUCUUUAGAAACAAAAUUCAGUGAUAUGCCUUUACACUUUUAUCUGUUACCUGGAAGAAAUGGUUUUAUUGUUAAUGUGUGUAGACUGAAAACUUUUUCUUUUUGUAAAACGAGGUUUUUGUAUUUUUCUUUAUUCAUAAGCUCUGUAGAUUAGAAUGGUAAUGAUGACAUGCAUCAUUGUGAAUGUUAAAAUGUGUUUGUGACUUUAGCUAACUACAGCUAUGCCAUAGUACUGUGAAAUUUAUGUAGUUUCUUUAUUUCAAUAAAGAAAUCAUUUUGAAUAAUUUAAGAUGUUACUAUUGGUAUUCUCUUAUGGUUUUGCUAAACUUUGCUGUAACAAUAAUUCUUUGGUUGCUUUAACUAAUCCCAGCCAUUUAAAAAUCAAGAAAUGAUUUUUGCUUUUUUUGUGCAAGUAGCCCUGAAGAUAGAAACUUAGUGAAAGCUGAUGUCAAUAUGGAUUACUACAUUUGGGGGAGGGAGUGCAUGGGAGUUUUAAUUUGUAUAACCUAUUGAUGUUUUGUGAAAUUGGAGUUGCUGCCUAUAUUUCAUAAAAAUUCUGAAUAUUCAGAUAUUCUGAAAAAGAUCAAUAAGGGUAUCUUUGUCCUGUGUUGCUUUUUCCAAAUAAAUCUUUUGAAUCUUGAAAAAAACUGUUUGAAGGCAAAUCUCUUUUGCUUAGAAAAUACCUACUUUUGAAUUUUAUUUUCCAUCAUUUAUUUGUUGUCAAUAUCUGUCUUGUAUUAUUAUACACCUAGUGUUGAGUUUUUUUU